AUGUCGAAGCUCAAUCUCAACACAGCCGCUGUUGAGUCUUACCUCGGAAACCGCCGCAUCCAGAAGAUCGUCACCAUCGUUUUCGCCAUUGGCCUGACCGCCGUGUUUGGUCUCUUCCUCAGCCUGCACGGCGCACCUUCGACCGCCCGCAUCAAGGAGAUUGCAAAGACCAUCAAUGACAAGGCCCACGGCGGGCACAAGGGCCCACGCAUCGCCGCAUGCCAUGCCGACGACAACAGCGACACGCUGAAUCACACGCUGGCCGAUGCUUUCUUGAAUGCUACGGAUGUGAAGUACGCCCACCUGCGGGACGAUAAAUUCACCAUCGCCAUGCAGACGUACCGUCGCCCCAAGGAGCUCAACGAGACCCUGCACGUGCUCCUCAAGGACCCCAUCCCCUCGCUCCACGAAAUCGUCAUCAUCUGGAACAACCUCGACCAGGCGCCGCCGCAGAACUACACCUCGGCGCACGGCGUGCCCGUCCGCUACCGCGCCUCGCCGCGCAACUCGCUCAACCAGAAGCUCCUGCCGGACCCCUCGUUCGCGACGCAGGCCGUGCUUCUCUUCGACGAUUCCGACGUCUACUACUACCCGCGCGACCUCGAGUUCGCCUUCCAAGCCUGGCGCCGCUUCGGCCGCCGCGGCCUCACCGGCGCCAUGGGCCGCUGCACCGGCGUCGGCAAGAACGGCGAGUGGCAGUACCGCAUGUGCGCGCGGGGCGCCGACGCCUACAGCAUGAUCAUCACGAACCUCGCCUUCGUCCACGUUGCCCUUCCUCCGAGUACUACUCGUCCGACGACCCCACCAUGGCCAUGGAUCCGCGAGCACGUCGACGACAACCUCAACUGCGAGGACAUUGCCAUGAACUACGUCACCCCAGAUGCUGACGCGCGAGCCCCCGGCUGCUCGUCCGGGGCCCACAAGGCCUUUUUUCAACGCCCGAAGCCCGCCCCGGGCAACCAGAAAGGGCCCCGGCCCACUUUUGGCCGCCCCGCAGCCCUCUGCAUCCAAUAA